AAGUAGGCGGGACUUCCGGUCGAGCAGACCCGGAAAUCGAGGAUGUGCGCGUCUCCUGCUUGACGUUGCAUCCAUAUGCUCGCCGCACAAACACGUUUUCAUGUAAAUUAGGUCCUUAUUAAAAAGAGAACCCUUUAUUAUUUACCGCAAUGUUAUCGUUUGAUUUUCUCGACGAUGUCCGUCGCAUGAACAAGCGGCAGCUCUAUUACCAAGUGCUCAACUUUGGUAUGAUAGUUUCCUCUGCUUUGAUGAUAUGGAAAGGACUCAUGGUUGUCACCGGCAGUGAGAGUCCUAUUGUUGUCGUACUCAGUGGCAGUAUGGAACCAGCUUUCCACAGAGGAGACCUCCUCUUCCUGACCAACCGGGUUGAGGACCCAAUCAGAGUUGGAGAGAUCGUCGUCUUCAGGAUAGAAGGCAGAGAGAUCCCCAUAGUGCACAGAGUACUUAAAAUUCAUGAAAAGGAAAAUGGCGACAUUAAGUUUUUGACCAAGGGGGACAAUAAUGCUGUGGACGACAGAGGUCUAUACAAUCCAGGACAACACUGGCUGGAGAAAAAGGACGUGGUGGGACGAGCUCGGGGUUUUGUGCCGUACAUCGGAAUUGUCACCAUCCUCAUGAACGAUUACCCCAAGUUCAAAUACGCCGUUCUCUUCAUGCUGGGUCUCUUUGUGUUGGUCCACCGGGAGUGACCAAGAAAACCUGUCCAAAUCAUCUAGCUUUUUCUUUUUCUACCAUUUUUUGUUAGACUGGCGUGGGGUCGGGGGUAAAUCCGAGCUUUACAAAUAUUUUUGUGAGGGAGCAAGGCUAGAUUUUGGGAAAUGUUCAUAAACAGCAUUUUUUAAAGUGGAUGUAAACCAUGUUUUUUUCUUGUCCAGUCCUUGUCUUUAAAAAGAAGUAUUUUAUGAAAUAUGAAUAUUAUUAAAUAUGGACUCUGGUUACCAUCCUUUAUGGAUUUUUUCAUGGCUAUUUCUUUUUAGCAUAAAAUGAACUCAAAAGGCUAUUACUGAAAAAUACUGUACGUCACAUUGUUUUAGAAUUUGAUUUAAGAUUUUAUGGGGAAAAAAGCACUUUCAUUGAUAUCAGUUUGUUUCGUUUGCUUCAAAUCAUGUCAAAAUUAUUUGCCAAAUAGAUUUGUUAUAUUUUCAGCUCUUUGUGUUGACCAGGUUUGCGUUUUUUUUGCAGCGGCAGCAAGACAGAAGUUUUCAUGGGUUCCAUCGCCUCAGUUCUCAGUGAAGUUUAGAUAUUUUUUCAUUUCCAAUGUGUGAAUGUUUAAUACAGCUGGGCAUAUGUGUAUUUCUGAUGAAAUAAAAAUGAUUUCAGACUAAAAAUAACGACCCAAAAUUGAUAGAAAACAUCUGUCAAUUCAAAGACCGUAAAAGGUUUUUCCUUUUAAUGCGGUUUAAAGUGUUCUGUGAAUAAAAUACAUCACUUGGA